CAGCAGGCAGCACCGCGUCCCCCUCCCUCUCCUACAAACAGCGACGACCGAGCGAGCGGUUCGACCCACCACCUCGUCUUCCGUCUCCCGCUUCUCUUCCUCCUCUCGCCCGCCCCGCGUGGAACCGAGCGACCCACAGACACCCAAGGAGCGGCCGGCAUGGGGAGAAGGGAGGCGCUCGCGGUUCUCCUCGCGGUCGUAGUCCUCGCGGCGUCGGCGGCCGGGGAGGCGGGCGCGGCCAAGGCCAAGGGGAAGGCCAAGGGGAAGUACCGGGCGCUGUUCAACUUCGGGGACUCGCUGGCCGACGCCGGCAACCUCAUCGCCAACGGCGUGCCGGACAUCCUCGCCACCGCCAGGCUGCCCUACGGCCAGACCUACUUCGGCAAGCCCACCGGCCGCUGCUCCGACGGCCGCCUCGUCAUCGACCACCUGGCGCAGGAAUUCGGGCUGCCCCUGCUGCCGCCGUCCAAGGCCAAUCGCUCCGACUUGAGUCACGGCGCCAACUUCGCCAUCACCGGCGCCACCGCGCUCGACACGCCCUACUUCGAGGCCAGGGGCCUCGGCGCCGUCGUCUGGAACUCCGGCGCCCUCAUGACCCAAAUCCAGUGGUUCCGUGACCUCAAGCCUUUCUUCUGCAACGGCACCAAGGAGGAAUGCAAGGAGUUCUAUGCCAACUCGCUGUUCGUCGUCGGCGAGUUCGGUGGGAACGACUACAACGCGCCCCUGUUCGCCGGGAAGGGCCUCUCAGAGGCGUACAAGUUCAUGCCGGAUGUCAUCCAGGGCAUCUCCGAUGGCGUCGAGGAAUUGAUCGCCGAGGGGGCAGUGGAUCUCAUCGUGCCAGGGGUGAUGCCCACUGGGUGCUUCCCCGUGUACCUGAACAUGCUCGACAUGCCAGCCCACGAGUAUGGCGCCCGGAGCGGGUGCAUCCGUCAGUACAACACCUUCUCAUGGGUGCACAAUGCACACCUCAAGAGAGCACUCGAGAAGCUCCGGCCCAAGCACCCCAAUGUGCGGAUCAUAUAUGGCGACUACUACACGCCAGUUGUCCAGUUCAUGCUCCAGCCUGAGAAGUUUGGAUUCUACAAGCAGUUACCUAGGGCAUGCUGUGGGGCUCCUGGGUCCGUUGCCAAAGCCGCUUACAACUUCAACGUGACAGCCAAAUGCGGGGAGCCUGGUGCCACCGCUUGUGCUGACCCAACCACCCACUGGAGCUGGGACGGUAUUCACUUGACGGAGGCUGCUUAUGGGCAUAUCGCCAGGGGCUGGCUAUAUGGCCCUUUUGCAGACCAACCGAUUGUUCAGUCCUCGUGAGCAUUCCACCUCUGCUGUUGCACGUGUAGAGCGUCUGAGAAUAGCACACUAAACUGGACAAGGGAAAGUAGUUCUUCCAUAUAGUCCCAAUGGUUCAUACGUGUAUAUUUUCAUUUGAUUGAAUUCAUUGCAAGUGGGGUACAAAGGUGAAAUAGGGGAUACCAAAACCAUGAUUUGUUUUAUCUGCGAGGUGGUAUAAAUGUAAAAUGUAAUGAACAUCACGAUUACCAAUCAAUAUUGCCUCUGCGAAAUAUGAUACUGAUAGAAUUUUGGAGUA